AUGGCGGAUAAAGGGAACGAUUCACAGGUGCCGCGGAAUUGUAAGGCAUGCACUAAGCCCGACGAAUACGACGACAUGGUGGCCUGCGAUGUCUGUCAUGAAUGGCAUCAUUAUUCUUGCGCUCAGGUUGAUGCCACAGUUCAAGAUCGAGGUUGGAAAUGUGCAUCCUGUGAACCCCCUAAAAGUGUUACCACCGAAUAUCUUGCUGUUGGACAAGACGCGAUGGAUCCGACGGAUCCGAAUAAAAAAGGUGCGAAACCCAAAGUACCAAUCUCGGCACCGGAUAACCUAACUGUACCAUCGAAGAAAGUAGGAGCGAAAUCGUCAACCGGUAGCAAAACCAGCCGGAAGACGAAGAAAGGCGAGCUCAGUACAACAUCUAGUGCCCGAAUACGACUGGAGCUGGAGCUGAAAGCCGUGGAAGAGCAGCAGAAAAUCCGAGAAGAAGAGCUAUCAGCAGAAAAGGAACUUCAGGACCUCGAAAGAAAGCUCGAGGAAGAAUUGCGCGAGAGGGAGUUGGCAAUCGAGGCGAAACGGAUCGUUGAAGCAAAGGCCGCCCUGAAGAAGCAAAUGGAAUUGGAACGUGAAUACCGAAAACAACAGAUGGCAAUCCGAAGGCAGUCCGAGGAAGAGAAGGUUAAGUUAAUCCGGCAGGCUUCCGAGUACGGUAGCAGCCGCGGCAGUCUGAUCGACACGGAUAUCGGCUCGAAGGACUUCGUGGAGGACUGGUUAACGAAGUCAGCGCCGCAGACAGCAGGAUCAAAGAAGGAGUUUAUAUCAGCAGACGACCCUAUCGGUGCUCCAAAGCAAGUAUUCCUCGAAGAGAAAACUAACCCCCACGCAGAAGCGAAUAUUAGGGCCACUAGGAGUUUAGAUCACCCCCCUCUAACAACGCCCAAUAAUGUAGUCUCGUCUCCAAUUAUCCCCACACGUACAUUGGUUAGUCAGGCAAUCAAAGAUCAGCAAGCUCGUACGAAUGACUUCGCUAAACGACAUUUCGUUGAUGAGUUCGAGCAACUGAAAGUGGGGGGACCUUCCAGAAUUCAAGCCAGUACUGGAACACAAAAUCAAAAACUGUUAUUCUGUGAAAUCGAUUGCGUUGAUGGUUUCGAAACCCGGGAUCGUAUUGUGGCUCGAGAAAGAGGGGUAAGUGAACGCCGUUUAAGUGAAAUGAGGUCGACUGAAAACGGGACUGGCUAUAGUGAUGAAAACCAAAGUGCUAGUGUGCGUCCAUCGGGUCCUCUUGGUACCGAUAACAGGAGGACAGUUGACGAUCGGGAUAAUCAAGCGGCAACCGGUCAAAGUGAGGAAGCAGUCGAAAAAAGAAGAGGACAACCGAUUCCGAGGAGUGCUCCAUCUGGUGGUGAUGAAAACUGCAGCGAAGAUUACGUGGAUGGUCCAACGAACCGGCAACUGGCUGCCAGACAGGUGAUGGGUAAAGAUUUACCUACUUUUUCGGGUAAUCCGGAAGAGUGGCCGAUUUGGAUAAGCAACUUUCGCCGGUCAACAUCCACGUGCGGAUUUUCUGAGGACGAAAACUUGAUUCGUCUUCAACGUUGCUUAAAAGGACCAGCACUCGAAGCAGUUCGCAGCAGAUUACUUUGCCCUGCCAGUGUUCCACACGUGAUCCGUACUUUGGAGAUGCGGUAUGGGCGACCAGAAACGCUUAUCCGUUCACUGAUGGAGCGAGUUCGUCGACUUCCUUCCCUAAGAAUCAACGACUUGGAUGGAAUAAUAGAGUUCGGCCUGGUUGUGGAUAACCUGGUGCAACACAUAAAGAAUGCUGGACAGCAGGCACAUUUAACUAACCCAUCAUUGCUACAUGAUCUGGUUGGCAAAUUGCCUGUCGACUACAAGCUGAAGUGGUCCGCAUUCAAGAGUAUGCGAGUCGACGUGGACCUGAGCACUUUUGGACAGUUCAUGUCAACGUUGGUGGAGCUCGCAUAUGACGUGGCAGACGAUUUUCCUAGCUUCGAGAAGGUUCCGGGACAAAAUCUGAAGAAUAGGGAACGAGCAUUUGUGCAGGCACAUAUGGAGCCCAUUUUGUCAUCAGAUAGCGAAUCAACUAGAAGCAGUGCUCCGAACACCCGGACUCCGAAGAAACCCUGUGCAGUAUGCAAGGCGGAAGGACAUCGGGUUGCGGAAUGCAGCCAGUUCAAAUCGAUGGACAUCGGAGGAAGAUUGAACGUGGUGCAGCAGAGCGGUAUAUGCCGGUCAUGUCUGAACUUCCAUGGCAGAUGGCCAUGCAAAACCGCUAAGGAAUGUGGUAUAAACGAUUGUCGACUGAAACAUCAUUAUCUGUUACAUUCUCCGUCAGCAGCUGUUCACACUGCGGUCUCAACGAGCCAUUUGAGUGAAGCGGGACCUCUGUUCAGAAUCAUUCCUGUCACGUUAUAUGGGAAAGGCUGCGAGGUGAACAUCUACGCUUUCGUGGAUGAAGGGUCCAAGAUCACGCUGUUGGAGGACACCGUGGCCGAUCAACUUGGGCUGACGGGAGCCACAGAACCUCUAAAUUUGCAGUGGACCGGUAAUAUAAAGCGAAGCGAACCAAAUUCGAGACGAAUCAGCGCUGAGAUUUCUGCCGAGGGAUCGACGAAGCAGUACCAACUAAUGAACGUUCGUACCGUGGGUGGACUGCUACUUCCGUCGCAGACGGUAAAUUACGAAGAAAUGUAUAGCCGUUACCCACAUCUUCGAGGUCUACCAAUACAAAGUUACGAGAACGUGUCACCAAAGCUCUUGAUUGGUCUUGACAACUUGAAGCUCACCGUACCGCUGAAAAUCAGAGAAGGCAGGUGGGUUGAACCGAUAGCCGCCAAGAGCCGCAUCGGGUGGAGCAUCUACGGAUGCGCGGCAACGCCAGCAUCGACGGUCGUGUGUGGGCUUCAUUUUGGAGGAUGGACCGAUCAAGAGUCAGAGCUCAACCAGUUGGUUCGUGACUACAUCACUCUGGACAAUAGCGGUGUAACGCAUCCUACUACACGUUUGGAGUCCAAGGAUGACGAACGGGCGAGAAUGCUGCUGCAGACAACAACUAAAAGAAUCGGCAGCGCCUUCGAGACGGGGCUCCUGUGGAAGGUAGAUGAUGUACGAUUCCCGAACAGCUACGGAAUGGCGUAUAAAAGGAUGUGCAGUCUGGAAAGGCGACUAAACCAGGAUUCAACACUAUACGAACGCGUCAGACAGCAGGUGCGAGACUACGAGUUGAAACAGUAUGCGCACAAAGCAACGCAUGACGAAUUAUCUACUACCGGUGCAGACCAAUGCUGGUACUUACCAUUGGGGAUUGUCAUGAACCCGAAGAAGCCGGAUAAGUUGCGGAUGAUCUGGGAUGCUGCGGCCAAAGUUGAUGGAAUUUCGCUCAAUUCAGCGCUGCUUAAAGGGCCAGAUUAUCUGACAUCUCUACCAGCGGUUAUUGGGAAGUUCCGAUUGUACCAGUUCGCUCUAACUGGUGACAUCAAAGAAAUGUUUCAUCGCAUUUUCAUCCGUCCACAAGAUCGGCAAUUCCAGAGAUUCCUGUUCCGAGAUAAUCCGCAACUAGAGCCGGUGACAUACGUGAUGGAUGUGGCCAUCUUCGGAGCUGCUUGUUCACCAAGUAGUGCUCAAUAUAUAAAAAAUGUGAACGCUAGUGAUUUCGAAGCGAAGCAUCCACGGGCAGCAGAUGCCAUCGUCCAUCGGCAUUACGUAGACGAUUACCUGGAUAGCUUCGGAACGGUCGAAGAAGCGGUAAAGAUCGGGAAGCAGGUGAAGGCUAUACAUGCUGAGGGCGGUUUCGAAAUCCGCAACUUCUUGUCCAACGAAGCGACGAUAGCUGCACGGGUCGGCGAAGAAUCACCGGAAGCAGAGAAAGAUAUUUGUGUGGAGAAAAAUGAGCGGAUUGAAUCCGUACUGGGCAUGAAGUGGAUUCCUGACAGUGAUACUUUCACUUUCUCUGUUUCUCUUAGAGACAAUCUACUGCAUGUUCUUGAUCUGUCGCAUGUGCCCACGAAACGAGAGGUGUUGCGUACAGUCAUGAGCUUUUUUGACCCUUUGGGAUUGAUUUCGUUCUUCCUGAUUCAUGGACGCACUAUGAUGCAGGACAUAUGGGCGACAGGAAUAGGUUGGGAUGACCCGAUCCCCGAAAAAGUUUUGAUGCAGUGGAAAAAAUGGGUUGGACUCAUCCCGAAGCUGAGCACCCUCCGCGUUCCUCGUUGCUACCUCAGCGGAGCUAAAGAAAACAGCUAUACCAAUUUGCAGGUGCACGCGUUCGUCGGUGCAAGCCAGUCUGCGUACUCAUGCGCGGUAUUUUUCCGGGUGGAUACACCAGAAGGUCCUGCUGUAAGUCUUGUAGGAGCGAAAUCUAAAGUUGCACCGCUGAAGAUGCUAUCGAUUCCCCGUCUCGAACUCCAGGCUGCAGUUCUGGGAUGUCGUUUGCUCAACAGCAUAAUAGCAAUGCACGCACUGCCUGUGACGAAGCGUGUCCUGUGGUCUGAUUCCAAUACCGUUCUCGCUUGGAUUCGGUCAGAUCAGCGGCGAUACAAUCAAUAUGUUGGCUUCAGAGUCGGAGAAAUUCUUUCGAUGACGGACGUCAACGAGUGGCGGAAAGUACCUACAAAGGAGAAUGUUGCUGAUGACGCGACGAAAUGGGGAACUGGACCGGACAUCAGGACGGAGAACAGAUGGUUCCAAGGACCGGCAUUCCUCAAACAGCCGGAAUCAUCUUGGCCAGGAGAAAUUGAGCAGAUUCUUUCUACGGAGGAGGAGCUGGUGGCGUGCAAUGUUCACGAAGAAAUACCGACGGGGUUGCUGGACAUUGCUAGGUUCAGUAAAUGGGAGAAACUACAUCGUACCAUGGCAUACGUUCAACGAUUUAUUGACAAUAUACGGCGAUCUCGACGGAAUCAAGAGCGGAACCUGGGGGUUCUGAUGCAGGAGGAGUUGUUGGCGGCCGAAAGAUCGAUGUGGAUGCAAGCGCAAGCGGAGUGCUUCUCCCUAGAAGUACUGAUGUUGCAAAAGACAAAAAGGAGUUCAAAAGAUAUUGAUGGAGUCCUACCAAAAUCAAGCGUACUGUAUAAGAUCUGUCCAUUCAUUGAUGACACAGGAGUGAUGCGGAAACGAAGUCGCUUCGGGAAUGCUGAUUGGAUGCCGUUCCACAACAAGUAUCCGGUAAUUCUUCCUCGACAACAUCGCAUAACAUUUCUACUCGUUGAUUAUUACCACCGCAGGCUGCAACACCGCAAUCGUGAAACGAUUGUCAAUGAGAUGCGGCAACUCUACGAGAUUCCUAAACUAAGAUCAGUGGUGUUUAAGGUGGCAGAUACCUGCAUGACGUGCCGAAUUCGCCGAGCUAUUCCUAGUCCACCCCCUAUGGCACCGCUGCCGAAGGUCCGAGUGACGCCCUAUGUCCGACCGUUUACAUUCGUAGGUGUCGACUAUUUUGGUCCGGUGCUAGUAAAAGUCGGACGCAGCAAUGUCAAGCGGUGGAUAGCGCUUUUCACAUGCUUAACAAUUCGUGCGGUGCACCUGGAAGUUGUGCACAGUUUAUCCAAGGAGUCUUGUGUAAUGGCGGUGAGGAGAUUCGUGUCGCGACGCGGGGCACCGGCUGAAAUAUUUAGCGACAACGGUACAAACUUUCUUGGCGCAAGCAAUCAGCUCAAGCAGGAGUGUGACGAUCUGACUCAACACCUAGCAUCUACAUUCACCAACGCCACAACCCGGUGGUCUUUCAAUCCCCCCGGAGCCCCUCACAUGGGUGGGGCUUGGGAACGGAUGGUCCGAUCAGUCAAAGUAGCAGUCGGAGGCUUGCUAGACGCACAACGACGGCCAGAUGAUGAGGUCUUGGAAACGGUUAUGAUCGAGGCAGAAGCGAUGAUCAACUCGCGUCCAUUGACGUACAUACCAUUGGAGUCCGCGGAUGAGGAGUCUUUGACUCCGAACCACUUUCUGUUGGGAAACUCGAGCGGAGUGAAGCAAAUGCCGGUGAUGCCAACGGACUAUCAAGCGACACUGAGGAACAGUUGGAAGUUGGCACAGCACUUGUCAGAUGGAAUAUGGCGACGAUGGAUUCAAGAAUACUUGCCGGUGAUUUCAAGAAGAUCGAAAUGGUUCGAUGAAGUCAAGGAAAUAGCGGAAGGAGAUCUAGUGCUGGUCGUUGAUGGUGCGGUACGGAACCAGUGGAUAAGAGGAAGGGUUGAGAAAAUUGUGCGCGGCAGAGAUAGACGAGUACGACAAGCAUGGGUUCAGACUGCGAAUGGUACACUGCGGAGACCAGUAGUCAAGCUGGCUUUACUCGACGUCGAAGUUGAAGCUAAACCGGAAGCUGGACAGGAUGGUUUACGGGUGGGGGGAUGUGACGACGAGUACCCCUCGGCGCGUAACGAACAAAAAUUACGAUAG